AUCCCGCUGAUCUUCGAUUUCUACGCGGACUGGUGCGGUCCGUGCAAGACGCUGACGCCCAAGCUCGAGGCGCUCGUCGCGUCGCGGCCGCGCGGGACGCUGACGCUCGUGAAGUUGAACGUGGACGCGCACCCGAGCGUGAGCGACCACCUGAAGAUUACGUCGUUGCCGACGGUGAUGACGAUGCACCGAGGGAAGUUCGUGGACACG